CUCACCGACGCGUCUAACCCAGGAAUAACCCAGAUUUAUGAUUUCAUAUCGAAACAUUAUAACAGCGUGUCUGUUUAAGCGGCAAAUAUACUGAGGAUGCCUGAGUGACAGAUCUGAGGUAACACCGCGCUGAAUCUUACCGAAGGUUUACAGGAUAAAGUCAUUCCUAGCAGUGCCUCUGAUAUUCCCUCCAUCACCACCGACCCAAUGAAGGAGCCGGACGCCAUCAAACUCUUCAUCGGGCAGAUCCCGCGAAACCUGGAGGAAAAAGACCUGAAGCCCAUCUUCGAGCAGUUCGGCAAGAUCUACGAGCUGACAGUGAUCAAGGACAAGUACACAGGCAUGCACAAAGGAUGUGCUUUUCUGACUUAUUGUGCUCGAGAGUCAGCCGUCAAGGCGCAAAGUGCUCUUCAUGAACAGAAAACACUGCCAGGGAUGAAUCGGCCCAUUCAGGUGAAGCCUGCAGACAGUGAAGGGAGAGGAGAGGACAGAAAGCUGUUUGUGGGCAUGUUGGGAAAGCAGCAGUCGGAUGAAGACGUGAGGAAGAUUUUCGAGCCGUUCGGCGGUAUUGACGAGUGUACGGUGCUUAGAGGACCUGACGGCACCAGUAAAGGCUGUGCGUUUGUGAAGUUUCAGAGUCACACAGAAGCUCAGUCUGCCAUCAACAGUCUGCACGGGAGCCGGACUCUACCUGGCGCCUCCUCCAGUCUGGUGGUGAAGUUUGCAGACACAGAGAAGGAGCGCGGUGUGCGGCGCAUGCAACAGGUCACAUCACAGCUCGGCAUCUACACUCCUGUGACGCUCAACUUUAAUGCUUAUAAUGCCUACACACAAGCACUGGUCCAGCAGCAGGCUCUGGUAGCUCAGGCUCAGUAUCUGUCUCCUGCAGCAUCAGUGCAGAUCCAGCAGAUGGCAGCACUCAACGCCAGUGGCAUCAUCGCUACACCCAUCACCCCUCCAUCUGGUGCGAACACUCCACCCACUCUUGCAGCCACGCCCGUAUCGGCUCUGCCUCCGCCAAUCACAGUGAACGGCUACAGUCAUUUACCAGCAACAACCAAUGGACAGCCAGCAUCAGAAAUCUACACCAAUGGCCUUCAUCCAUAUCAAGCCCAGAGUCCAGUGGCAGCGUUAGACCCGCUCCAGCAGGCGUACGCUGGCAUGCAGCAUUACACAGCUGCUUACCCGACGGCAUACGGACUGGUCAGCCCUCAGUUCCUCCAGCAGCCCACACUGAUCAGCCAACAGCAGCUGCAGAGAGAAGGUCCUGAGGGCUGUAACGUCUUCAUUUACCAUUUGCCUCAGGAGUUCACUGACUCAGAAAUGCUCCAGAUGUUUCUGCCUUUCGGUAACGUCAUUUCUGCUAAAGUGUUUGUGGAUCGAGCCACCAAUCAAAGCAAGUGCUUCGGGUUUGUGAGCUUUGAUAAUCCAGCGAGUGCUCAGACGGCCAUCCAGGCCAUGAACGGCUUUCAGAUCGGCAUGAAGAGGCUCAAAGUGCAGCUGAAGAGGCCCAAAGAUGCCAACAGGCCCUACUGAGACUGACACAGGAUGAAGAUUAUUGAAGAGCGACUGAUUCAAUCACGAGAUGUUGCACACUUCAGAGUGUGUGUGUGUGUGUGUGUGUGUGUGUGUGUGUGUAUGCAAAUGAUCAACAUAAAAAGUACAGAAAGCACAUGCUGAAAGUUAAAGAUGUCAAUAGUGUUGACAAAAGAACAUGCAAACACUAUAUUCCUGUGGACCAUCGAAGCUCUGAAAUGUACAAAACAGUAUCAAUAUUCAUAAUAAACAAAUAAUAACAAGAAAUAAAUAAAAAAGAGAAGACCAGCGACAAUAAAUGACAUUAUCAGGUUAAAAAAUAAGCUCAAGCUUUUAAAAAAUGCUAUUACAGUAUUAAUAUUGUUCAUCUGUCAAGCAC